GCCCCGCGCCACGCUCCCCGCCGCCGCUACCUGCUGCUGCCCGCCGGCCCGCGCUGCGCCCGACAUGGCUGGCAAAGCGCACAGGCUAAGUGCUGAGGAGAGGGACCAGCUGCUGCCAAACCUGAGGGCCGUGGGGUGGAACGAGCUGGAAGGUCGAGAUGCCAUCUUCAAGCAGUUCCAUUUCAAAGACUUCAACCGGGCUUUUGGCUUCAUGACAAGGGUGGCCCUGCAGGCUGAGAAACUGGACCACCAUCCUGAAUGGUUCAACGUGUACAACAAGGUCCACAUCACCCUGAGCACCCAUGAGUGUGCAGGCCUGUCGGAGCGGGACAUAAACCUGGCCAGCUUCAUCGAACAAGUAGCGGUGUCCAUGACCUAGACCCUGCCUUGCCUCGCUGAAUUCUUCAGGGAAAGGGGUGACUGAACUGGAAAUCCAGAGAGAGAACAGGGGAGGCCUUCCCCCCCCCCCCGCCCCCCAAUGCUGCUGUAGUUAAAACUGCUAUGUCCACUUUGCUGCCUCCAUUGAGGGGUGAGUCCCUGCUGUGGGAAGAGAGGCCAGCGUCACCGCCAACACCGGGAACUUAGGGACGGUUUCCCCCCACACCGAGCUCUUCAUCGUGGGGCCCUAUUAACGGUGCCCGGAUUUGAAUUAGAUCUCCCAUUCCUUACAGCUUCUCAGCAACAGUAAUGACUCUUUCAAGGCCGUAUCUUGCUCCCUUUCUAAUUCGUAUUCCUAGAAGCUGUGUCUGAGAUAUACGGAAUCUUAGAAACCAGAACCUUAGUGCCAUCCCGCUCCUAUGUGAUAAAAACACAUGCUUUUGUGUCUCAAAUAAAACUUGUCUCACU